CUGCUGACAGUGGCGAUGAUGAUGCUCGCCGUGAAGCAUCACCAGUCCGCAGCUCAGGUUUCUGGGACCAUCAACAGCGAUCGGUAGCCCUCGCCUGCUCGGCCUUCAAUGAGCUCUGCACUGCCACGUUGUCCGAAUGCUUCUGCCGCUCUUCUCAUUUCUAGCCGCUCGGUGUAGCAAUGAGCGUACCUCAUCCACGGCAGCCUGUGCCAGCCGUGAUAGCAGCGUGGAAUCAGCUCGUAUGGGACCGCUUUUCUUCAUUGCAAGAAAAUCUCUUUUCAGAUGUUGCCGGGCGUUCGUCGACUCUCUCUUCAGGGCGAGCGUAACGGGGCUACUACGCCAUACGGCCGUGCCAUCAGCCUUGCUACCUUCAUAUCGCCACCGUAGCCCUCAGAUACACGACAGCAGGGCUCAGCCCUCCUCGAAGCUCUAUAGCUCUCUUACUUGACACAUUCACCUCUCGCACGCCGCCGCUGGUGCCCGAUCGCAUCGAUCCGCCUGGCUCCUCAGCUAACAUUCAUCUCAUACAAUACCUUUUGGCCAUGGCGCUUCGAUCCCCCCUCCGUUUCCUCGACUUCUCUA